AUGAGCAUGGAGAGUGAUGCCGCUAACGACAGGCACUCCGUUGGCGAAGGCAGCGGCGGCGUGAGCUUGCUCCGGCCACCGCGGAUAUUCUGCCUCACGAUGCUCUCGGUCGUAUUCUGGGCUCUGAUAUUCUACUUCAUCUCCACCAUGCAAGGCGACAUGGCGUCUCUUCUCCUCAAGCCCUCAGCCUUCUCCCUUCCGCCCUUCCGCUUUGGCCGGGACCGGUGCGUCGGCCGGUACAUCUACAUGUACGACCUGCCGCCACGGUUCAACGCCGACAUCGCCCGCGAAUGCAGCAAGUUCGCGGCAGGCGUCGACAUGUGCAAGUACACGGCGAACGACGGGUUCGGCCCCCCGCUCCCGCCCGGCGACUCCCUGCCAGAGAAGGGAGCCUACGACACCGACCAGUACGUGCUGGAGUUGAUCUACCACUCUCGGAUGAGGCGGUACGAGUGCCUCACCACCGACCCCUCCAUCGCCGCUGCAGUGUACGUGCCCUUCUACGCCGGGUUCGACGCGGCACUGAACCUGUGGAGGAGCAACCUCUCGGCCCGUGACGCCCUGCCGCGGGACAUGGUGGAGUGGCUCGUGCGGCGGCCGGAGUGGCGCGCCAUGGGGGGCCGCGACCACUUCCUGGUCGCCGGACGGGGCACAUGGGAUUUCGUCCGCGGCGAAGGCGGCGGCUGGGGCAGCGCCUUCAUGACGUACCCGGCCGUCCGCAACAUGACGGUGCUCACCAUCGAGGCUAGCCCCUGGCUCGGCAACGACUUCGGCGUGCCGUUCCCGUCACACUUCCACCCUUCUUCCGACGACGACGUGCUUCGCUGGCAGGACCGCAUGCGCCGGCAGGAGCGCAGGUGGCUCUGGGGUUUCGCCGGCGGGUCGCGCCCCGACAGCAAGAGAACGGUGCGCGCCCAGAUCAUAGAGCAGUGCGGCAAUUCGAGCAGCUGCACGAUGUUCGCCAGCACGACGGGCGUCCACAACUCGCCGGACGGGAUCAUGGGGCUGCUGGAGAGCGCCGAGUUCUGCAUCGAGCCGUGCGGCGACUCCUACACCCGCAAGUCCACCUUCGAUGCCAUCCUCGCCGGCUGCAUCCCGGUCUUCUUCCACCCGAUCUCCGCCUACACCCAGUACACGUGGUACCUGCCCAGGGACUACAGGAGCUACUCGGUGUUCAUCCCCCAGGACGAUGUGGCCAAACGGAACGCCAGCAUCGAGGAGACGCUGAGGCAAAUACCGCCGGCGAAGGUGGCGCGGAUGCGAGAGGAGGUGAUCCGGCUCAUACCGAGGGUGAUGUACAGGGACCCGGCGGCGAUGGGCGUGACAUUCAAGGACGCAUUCGAUGUCGCUGUGGACGCCGUCAUCGACAGGGUGGCGAAGCGCCGGCGCGCCGCGGCCGAGGGACGCGAGUACCAGGACAGCGUCGACGGACAGCAUAGUUGGAAGUACGAUUUGUUCGAGCCUGGUCACAAAGAUAUAGGCCCGCACGAGUUUGAUCCAUAUACUCCCUCCGUUCUAAAAUGUAAGACGUUUUGGACUUUUUCCGACCAGGUGAAAAACGUGCAAAUUUACGUUUGUACCCUCCUCAAUCUGGAUCGCGAUCGUCUUCCCGCAUCAUCGUCUUCGAUGGCGUUCGGUUCCCAGCGACUCCUCCGCCCCCAGCUGGCACCUCCGGCCCCUGCAGCAGCACCGCCCUAUGCAGCACCUCCGGCCUCGUCCAGCACCUCCGCCGGUCCUCCCCCGUCCAGCACCUCCGCCCCUGUCCAGCACCGCCGCCGCCGCCGCCGCCACCACGAUAUCCUCCAUUCAAGCUUCUCUGCGGUCGCCGUGACCGGAUCCGGGCGCCCCAUCGCACCAUCUCUCCACGCCUGCUGCCAGAACGCCGGCGCUCGGCCUUCAGUCCCGGCUCCACCCAUUCUUUCAGCACCUCCUGUGUCCGCCGGCUGCGUCGAGGAUCCCGAGCUUCGGGGUGUCGGUGAGGCCAUGCUGGAUGCGCAUCAUUGCUGUGCCGUCGUGACCGCCGACCUCGUGACCGCCCCGUCGUGA